AUGGAGUUGAAGUAUGCGUACGAAACAGAGCACUUGUUUUCCACUUGUGGAAAUCUUCCUGGAUCCUCACCACACUCGAGUCGACUUAAACCACACCAGUCCGCCCGUCUUGGGUGCCAGCGGCUGCUGCUGCUGUACCCCGGCAAACCUUGGGCAGUAGCAGCAGAGUAUUGUACAUGUACAAGCUUCGGCCCUCGCAAUGGUGGCAGGUUUUGUGGGAUACGGCACAAAUGGACACCGAAGCAGCAAGGUAUGGGAGAGUGCCGUGUAAUGAAACGUGGCACGGUGAAUGCUUCUAAGUCUUUAUUCCUCAAUAUAGACUUAGAAACAUUUUGA